AUGACCUCCUCCAAUUUGCACGCUGCGUCGUCGAGCUACGCUAGUCCGGGUGUGGGCGGGGCCCAAGCCCCCAGCGGUUCAUGGGUGGAAGAGAUCCCCUUCGAAUUGCUCCAUUUGGAAUUGGUGCAACGGGCCUUGGGCAGCGCGCCCGGAUCGAGUCGCGAGCGCGCUUUGGCCGAUUUGGAACUGUUGGGCUUUAACGCCGGAUUCCGUCUCAUCGAGAAGCUCACCAAAGAGUCGCCCAAGUUCAAGGACGAGUUAGAUUUGAUGAAGUUUGUGUGCAAAGAGUUCUGGGUCGGCGUGUUCCGUAAACAGAUCGAUAACCUGCGCACCAAUCAUCAGGGCGUGUACGUGUUACAGGACAAUCAGUUCAAGUUCUUGGCCAAGGUCAGUCAGGGCGCUCAGCAUCUCGAGCACGCCCCCAAGUUCGUAGUUUUCACCUGCGGUUUGUUGCGCGGCUCGUUGGCCAAUUUGGGCGUGAAUUCCGUCGUCACGGCCGAAGUCACCCAUUUGCCCUCGGUCAAGUUCCAGAUCCAAGUUCAACGGGCUUAG